AUGAUCCAAAGCCAAGUUGUAUCAUUGAGAAUCUUAGAAAACCAAGUUGGGCAACUAGCUAAUGAGUUGAGAAAUAGACCCCAUGGUACAUUGCCAAGUGACACAGAAAAUCCAAGAAAUGGGAGCAAUGAACAUUGUAAAGCCGUCACUUUGAGAAGUGGGAAGGAGUUGGAGAAUUCCAAGACAAAAUCUGGGCAUGAGGGUAAGUCCUCUUCAAUCCAAAUAAAUGAGGAAAUUCACAAAGACGCUGAAUUGCCUAGUGUACAAAAAUCUACCUCUGCUCAGAAUGCUACAGGAAUGCGGCAACAUCAGCACCCAGAUAGCUCAAUUUCAAGGCAUCCACUUCCAUUUCCUCAACAUUUUCAGAAGCAAAAGUUGGAUUCUCAAUUUAAGAAGUUUCUAGAUAUGUUGAAGCAGUUUCAUAUCAACAUCCCACUUGUAGAGGAACUUGAGCAAAUGCCUAACUAUGUGAAAUUCAUGAAAGAUAUUCUUACAAGGAAGAGAAGGUUAGGAGAAUUUGAGACAGUGGCUCUUACCAAGGAAUGUACCUCAUUCUUGCAAAACAAGUUGCCACCAAAGAUGAAAGAUCCUGGGAGUUUCACCAUUCAAUGCACCAUUGGUAAUUCUUAUUGUGGCAUGGAUUUAUGUGAUUUGGGUGCCAAUAUAAAUUUGAUGCCUAUGUCUGUGUAUAGGCAUUUGGGGAUUGGUGAAGUCCGAUCUACCACAAUGACACUACAGCUUGCAAAUAGAUCUCUUGCUUAUCCAGAUGGGAAGAUUGAGGAUGUCUUGGUAAAAGUUGAUAAGUUCAUUUCUCCAGUUGAUUUCAUUGUAUUGAAUUAUGAGGUAGACAGGGAGGUACCAAUCAUUCUAGGGAGGCCUUUUCUAGCUACUGGUUUGAUUGACGUGCAAAAGGGUGAACUUACUAUGACGGUUCAAGAUGAGCAGGUGACAUUCAAUGUUUUCAAGGCUAUGAGGUUUCCAUUUGAGGUCGAAGAGUAUUUUGUUGUUUCAGUGGUAGAUUAUUUUGCUUCAAAGGAAUUAGAAAACAAUUUCGAUGAUCCUCUAGAGAGACUCUUGAUGUUUGAUUCACAUGCAGAGGAUGAGGAUGAAUACUUGGCUUAG